AUGUCCGUCAAGACUGUCAAGCUCGGCGGGACUGCCUCCAACAUAACGGUCGGGAAGGUCGCCUACGGCCUUAUGACAUUGACCCGCGACCCGAAUAUCUCUACUGAUGAAGAGGCCGCGUUCGUCGCUAUCAAGCCGGCCGUCGAUUUAAUGCCACCUGGGGCCGAGAACCUGCGCCGCAGCGUGGACGCCUGCCUGGCCGCCCUCCGCGGGACUAAGAAGAUCGACCUCUUCGAAACGGCUCGCGUCGACCCGAAUGAGGAGGGCAAGUUCGAUCACAUUGGCAUGUCCGAGUGUCGUGCGGAGACCUUGCGCAAGGCGCACGCUAUUCACCCGAUCACCGCAGUUGAGAUCGAGGUCAGUCUAUGGUCUUAUGAAGAGGAGGCGCGCAAGGUCAUUGCGACUGCUGAAGAGCUCGGGGUCAUUGUGAUCGCUUACUCGCCCCUGAGCAGGGGAUUGCUGACCGGACUCAUCACUAGCAAGGCCGAACUCCCGGAGGUUGACUACUGUCGCAGGUUCGAUCGGUUCCAGGAUGAGAACCUGAAGCACAACCUCGCUAUUCUUGAGGAGAUCAAGGUCAUCGCCGCUCGAAAACAAGUCACCCUCCCCCAACUUGCCAUUGCUUGGGUCGCAUCGCGCGGGCCACACGUCAUCCCUCUCCCAGGAUCUACCAAUGCAAAGAGAGUUGUAGAGAACAUCCGUAGCGGAGAGAUCGAGCUGACGCAAGAGGAGUUGGACCAAAUCGCGGAUGUCCUCUCCAGGCAUGAGGUCAAGGGUGAGCGCUACAUAGGCGGGCCAAUCGCACAAGCCUUGCAUUUGUGGGGAUGA